AUGGCGGACGACAAAAGUCUUUCACCUGUGAAACGACAUCUUACCACCAACAAUGACGACGGCGUGUCAAUCUUCUCUUCGAGAAUACCUUCAGACCCUCCAUCGAUGCAGCUACCAGAUGGGACGAAAAUCACCUUUUGUUACGGUUGUCAGCGCUUCCCGGUCGACUUGGCCGGCGAGCAAGAUUUGCAGUCUUACCAGCAUUUGAUUGAGAAUCCGCCAGGAAUCGUGGUUCCGAAUGGCUUUGCCUUUCGCAUUCUGGACCUGCCUCCGGGAUACAAUUCGGUCUCACAUCGCACCAUCAGUGUGAAUUUCAAUGUAGUGUUGCAGGGACAGAUGGAGUUGACACUGAACUCGGGAGAAAAACGUAUCCUCGGCCCCGGCGACUCGGCCAUUCAGCGCUGCGUCGAUCACUCAUGGAGGAACGUCAGCUCUACUGAAUGGGCACGCAUGGCCGCCGCCGUCAUCCCAGCAGAGCCUUUGCAAUUUGGUGGUGUCGAUGUCAAAGGCAGUGGGGUUCCUGGGAUGGGCGCUUCUUAG